GCAUGAGCGCUGGGCGUCACGAAGAAAAGGACGCUGCCGUUAUCCUCAUGUCCAUUUCCUUCGAGUUCUUUUCAAGUAAACAGUCAUAUGUUCUCGUUUUAAUGUGUUUGAGUUAAUUAUUUGGAUUUCAUAUUUGAUUACUGAAAAAGAAAACACAACGAUGGGUGAGGUGGAGUUGUCCUGUCUGGCUUAUGCCAAAAUGUACCUGCAUGCAAGUCAGUUUCCUCGUUGCAGUGUGAACGGCCUGCUGUUGUCCUCCAGUCCAGCCGGGGCAGCGGUCUGUAUCACAGACUGUGUGCCGCUGCUUCACUCGCACUUGUCUCUGGCUCCAAUCACGCAGCUCGCUCUUACACAGGUCGACGUUUGGUGUUCACAAACACAGCAGAGGAUUGUGGGAUAUUAUCAAGCCAAUGCUUGUGUCUCAGACAGCAGCCCUACACCAUGUGCAUUGAAGAUUGCGGAGAAGAUCUUCGAGCAGUGUAACAAUGCUGUUUUGCUUAUGAUUGAUGGAGAAAAGAUGUUUCCAGGCUGCCGUGUUCCUCCGAUCGUGAUGUAUGAGCGGAAAGACUCCCGCUGGGCUCUCAAAGACAAACACACAAUAAUGCUUCGACAGUGGGAAGAAACCUGCUCCAUAGUUAAUCAGCUGUUCAGCUCUGGUGAUCAGGCGCUACUGGUGGACUUUGACAGCCAUUUGGAUGACAUCACAAAAGAUUGGACCAAUCAGAAACUGAAUGCCAAGAUCAUGGAGCUGAUCUCCCCAGCCAAUGGGAAUGUUUAACUGUAUAGACUAAUCUGCUAAUGUAAUAGUUUUCCUCCCCUCAGAUUGUGUUUUUAAGAUUAUUAGACUAAUUAUAUUUUGACACAUUUGUCAUAAAUUAUGUCCUCAGAUAUGCAAAAAGAAACGUUUUUUUUUUUUUUUUUUUUUGGUACAAUUUGGUUCUUUGACCUUAUAAUAAACUUAAAUUUACACCGAGGUGGACUCGUAGUACAAGCAGCAUAUAACUUUGAUCACUCUGAUUGCCUGUUAUAUUUUAGUCAUUUAACAAUAGGCUAUUCAUUUUUUUUUUUUUUAAAUCUAUUUAAACAUUAAAGUAAUCUUUAAGAAAACUAUGUAUGGUUCCUCAGGUGCUGUCGAUACAUGGUGUUUUUCAUUUUACAGACUUAACAUGAAAAACUUUUGAUUAAAAAUAGAUUUUAUGUUGUAAUGAAGUAGUCCUAAUAUUUAGCUUUAACUACAAAAAGGUUAGAAGUCUAAUAAUUUAGAUGAUUCCUUCCAGCAAACUGAGAGCAAGUCAGCGCUCAGAGUAGUGUGAGUGUAUGAUUCAUGUGAGGUGUGUGCCACGAUAUGUGGAUCUUCAGGUCUGUCUGGAGCUUAUAUUUGUUCUGAUGCCUUUUUUUCCACUGCAGCACUGCUGAUGUUUGCAUUUCCUAACCUGUAUGACUGACUUUCCUCUAGAACAUAAAAGAAAAUAUUUAGGAAACAA